AUGAAUUGGGCGGACCAGUUUGAUGGAUCGACCUUCAUCCAAGAAGAAGACGGUCCCACAAUCGAAAAGGGACACCCAGUGAACCAAGGUAGACACUUGGCUGCAACAAGAUCCAACCCUCUUCCGCCUUCUUCUUCUCCUCCUCCUCCGGCACGGUCGACUGAUCCCCAUGAAAACAUUCGCGCCUGGCUCUCCGGCGUCACCAUCGACGAGGAGAGCAAAUCCCUCGCAGCCGACGUGUUCCACGCGCUGGAUAAUCGCCAGCACCCAGCGACGCCUCUGGCAUCGGGGUACCAUCAGCCAGCAGCAGAUAAGCAGCAGGCGGCGGAGACCGGGCCGACGGUGAACGUGCACACCAUGGGCCCGGGCUUUAUUGGGCGGGCGCCAGCGUUUGGGUCGUCCGAGUUCUUUGCCAAUAUGGUUGUUGUGGCCAUCUUGCUGCUGUUUGCGCCUGGGUUUACGCUCUUGGCGGCUGGGGUGUUUUUUACGUCUAGGGUUGCGGAGAGGUGGGCUGGGCAGGAUUGA